AUGAACGGCGACCUCAGUCUCUCUCAGGCGCUAGGCGGCCUACGUAUCGCGAAUCCCGACGACUCGCCGAACCCCUCACAAGACACCUCUGCCGGGCUUGACGAUGCCCGGACAACAGGGAUAAGUCCCGGGCCCGGAGAUGCAGGGGCAGUAAAUCCACAGACUCCGCAUGCUGUUGACGGUCAGGAAACGCGCCGAGACUCCCCUUCGCGGCAAACGCACACUUAUGAAUCCGCUGCGGCGAUCCUUAAGGCUGCACAGAACAACCUGAAUGCUUCACGCGGUCUUGUUAGCCAAACAAACGCCACCAACGAUCCGGCGCUUACCGCGAGAUAUAGCUCGCAUCAGCCGACAAACGAAAGUCAGUCUCCCGGGGGAGGAACCCAGCCUGGUCAGAAUCGCAUGGCGGAGCAUGACCAGCCUGGGCCCCAUUAUGCUGGCCCGAGAAACGAGUUGUCACGUUCUUCUACGCGCGGAAAAAGGCCCGACCCCAGAACCGAGCAGCCCAGUCCAUCCAAUAAACCAUCGCGCGAGCCGAGUCGAUCCCACCACCCCGGCCGACCAGUUCCGGGCCAAUCCGGGAACGAUCCAAGCGGCAUGGCACCGCCGCGAAGAAGCUCCAGGGGCAUGGGGGUAGGGUAUGCUUCGAUUCCGGGGGUUCCGUAUGCGCCACCUAGCAGUCACGGGCCGGAUCCGCCACCGUUGGCGAGUAGCGAGGAGUGGAAGGAUCGAGGCGCCGCAGUUGCCCUAAGAAAAGAGGUCGAUGCCGAGGGAAGGACAAUCAUAAAAUCGGUCAAGAAGGGAGUCAGGGACUUCUCGUUCGGCAGGAUACUGGGCGAGGGCUCCUACAGUACCGUCUACCUUGCCACAGACCGCCAGACCCUCCGAGAGUAUGCUGUCAAGGUACUUGAGAAGAAGCACAUCAUCAAGGAAAAGAAGAUCAAGUAUGUCAACAUCGAAAAAAACACGCUGAACCGGCUUACAGAUCAUCCCGGUAUUGUGCGGCUUUACUAUACCUUUCAGGACGAGACGUCGCUCUACUAUGUAUUGGAUCUGUGCAACGGCGGGGAGCUGCUGGGGGUGCUGAAAAAAACGGGCACCUUUGACGUCGAGUGCACGAGAUUUUAUGGCGCCCAGAUUUUGGAUGCUAUUGCGUACAUGCAUUCGAGGGGCGUCAUCCACCGGGAUCUGAAGCCCGAGAAUGUGCUCCUCGAUGAUCAAAUGCAUGUCAAGAUUACGGAUUUUGGCACCGCCAAGUUGAUACCAGCACCGGGAGAAGAGGGGUCAGGACAAGGCGGCUCGCACGACGACGAAAGGAAUGCCUCUUUUGUGGGGACAGCCGAGUAUGUCAGCCCGGAACUCCUGACAGAUAAGUCGGCAGGGAAGCCAAGCGAUCUCUGGGCAUUUGGGUGCAUCAUAUACCAACUCCUUGUUGGUAGGCCACCCUUCAAGGGCGCUACCGAGUACCUAACCUUCCAGAAGAUUGUCAAUCUUGAGUAUGAGUUUCCGGCUGGAUUCCCCCCGGCAGCGCGCGAUCUUGUCGAGCGAUGUCUGGUGCUCGAUCCAGCGCGGCGUUUGACGGUCGAGCACAUUAGGAACCACGAGUUUUUUGACGGGCAGCAAUUCGGCAAGGAGCUUUGGAGGAUGAAGGCGCCGCGCCUGCGGCCCUACGUGCCGCCAACGCAGGAGUCUCACAUAAUACAGCUAAAUGGGGCAUCGGCAAGUCCCCCGAAGCCGAUUGCAACCUCCCGAGGACCUCAGGGACAAGCUAAUGGCUCACGACCCGCCAGGAUCAUCACGGAGCUGCCGCCGCCGACACAACUCGACAUUGAGUGGUCACCGGUACUGACGAGGAACAACGAGAGAAUAUUGAAGCUCGGCGACUUGAUGGUGAUAUCGUCACCGAUCCCGAACAGUCCACAUGGGAAGGGCGAAGGCGACGGCCACAAGAAGUUGUCCCGUUUCUUUGGCGGUAGCACAACCAAGAAGAGACAACGGCUCGUCAUGGUCACAUCAAGUGGACGUAUCGUGCUGUGCCCUGCCGGUGGGGACGAGAAGCGGGCCAAGCAGGAGAUUUCGCUGCUGGCGCCAGACUGCGUGUGGAGGAGCCAGUUAGACGCCAAGGGACAGAUGGUGUGGUGUGUCGACACGAACGGUGUACACUACACCUUCGAGGAGCCAAAGUCGUCACAAAGCGAGGGCGCAAAGUACUCGGUGGACGAGUGGCUCGAAUCGCUGGAGCGUGCGAAGGAUUUAGCCAUAUCACAAAACGUGGUCGGUUCGUACCCCAACGACAAUGGGUUUGGUGAUAUGUCAUCUUCAAUGUCGAGUCCGGCAAGCACUAUGGGGGGCAGGUCGAAUUUCCCCGAGGGGUUCAGCAUCAGCGACAGAUCCGGCCGCAAUCAGGUGAACAAGAGUCAGGCAAGCCUGGAGGACACCAACGUAAAGCGCAACCGCUUCAGCAAACGGCAGUCUAGGAACGGGUUGGGGGCGGCUUUUUGA